AUGAUUGAGAGUGUAUCACGUCGCGCAUUUGGUAGUUCAAGUGGUACAUACAACGUGCGCGCCUCUGAGCUGGCGCGAGAACGAAAACUUAACAUCUUCAAUGUCACUGUGCAUUUUUUGGACGAUACCCAGCAAUCGUUUCAGAUCGAGAAAAAAGCUAAAGGUAGUGUUCUCCUUGAACUAGUAUUUCAACAUUUGGAGCUUGUGGAAAAGGAUUACUUUGGACUACAGUUUACAGAAAACGGAUCACCUCCUAGUGCCACAAAUAUCGAGAUAACGCGUUGGUUAGACAGCAGUAAGUCUGUAAAAAAGCAAGUUGGUGCAAAUGCACAAUUUUGGCUGGCUGUUCGCUUCUAUCCACCGGAACCUAGUCGCCUAUCUGAAGAGUUUACACGAUAUCUACUCUGUCUUCAGCUACGGAAAUUACUCCUUGAUGGAAGGAUGACAGCACCUAAAAACACAGCCUUAUUGCUUGCUUCUUUUACAGUACAAGUGUGGACAUGUAAGAUGAUCGGUGCACGUGGCGGUGCAGCGGAGCUGGGCGACUACGCGGCGGCGGCGGCGGAGGGCGGUGCGGGCUACGCGAGCUACGCGGCGGCGCUGCGGCUGGUGGCGCGCGCGGCGGCCGACGACGAGCGGCGCGUGCGCGAGCUGCACAAGCUGCACCGCGGCCAGGCGCCCGCCGACGCGGACGCCAACUUCCUCGAGCACGCCAAGCGCCUCGACUGCUACGGCGUCGACUCGCAUCCCGCCAAGGACUAUAAUGGGAAAGAUAUAUUCAUUGGUGUAACAUCAAUUGGUAUAGUCGUAUUCCAAAACAACAUCCGCGUUAACACAUUCUCUUGGAGUAAGAUCGUCAAGAUAUCCUUCAAGAAGAAACAGUUCUUUAUACAAUUAAAGCGAGAACCUUCGGAGAGCUACGACACGGUGUUGGGGUUCAACAUGCGGUCGGGGCGGGCCGCUAAAGCGCUGUGGCGCUGCAGCGUGGAGCGGCACGGCUUCUUCAGGCUGCGCGCGCCGCGGCGAGACCGCUGCUGGGAGCGCUGGGCGCGCUGGCCGGGCUGGCGGCGCCGCGUCUCGCGCGCACCGAGACGCAAGCGCUUGAGGCCGCUCGGCGCGACCGCUCCACCAACAGGACCUUCACGCAGCAGUUCUCGCACUCGGGAGCGUUCUGUGGGCGCUAGCACGGGCUCCAACGUGUGCGUGACGUCAUCACCCGCGCUCACUGUGAACGGCGCGCGCGGUUCCCGUGUUACGCACGACGAGCCGCCGCCGCGUCCCGCCUGGGGAGACGCACCGCCGCCAGACGAAGAAUCGGGCGGGUUCCUGGAGCGGGCGCUGCGCGUGCCCUUAUCGUACGCGGACGAGUCGGAGUCGUCGGAGAGCGCGGAGUGCGGUGGUGAGGUGCCGGUGCGGCUGGCGGCCGGCGCCGACGGACGCUUCGGCUUCAACGUGCGCGGUGGCGGCGGAGCGCCAGUGCUCGUGUCGCGCGUCGCGCCGCGCGCACGCUCCACGCUGCAGGAGGGCGAUCAGGUGAUAUCAAUAAACGACCACGAUGUGGAGGAAAUGACUCAUGAUGAAAUAGUGCAGUUGAUAAGAAAUACAAAAGGAGUUCUUACAUUGGUUGUUAGACCUAAUGCGGUUUACUCGGCGGAGGAGAGUGCGGGCAGCGAGGAGCCGGCGGUGUGCUUCGUGCCGCUGGGGGGCGCGGGGGGCGCGGGCGGUGAGGUGGUGGGGGGGCGCAGGGGGCGCGGGCGAGCCGGCGCAGUCGCUGCUGCUGCUGGGCGACGGGCUGGCGUCCGGCGCCGCGCUGCGUCAGUACGACGCGCUGCUGCGCCGCCUCGACCUGCCCACCACUGCUGCGCGACGCGCGUGCAACGUCGCCAAGAACCGCUACAGGGACAUCGCGCCCUACGACUCGACGCGAGUGAUACUUAA